AUGCCACAUGUAAAGACUGGGCCGCUUCCUGAGCCUGCUCAACCACCGCAGCCGCAGCCGCAGCCGCAGCAACAACAACAACAACACACGACAGUAAUAAUAAACCAGCCCAUGCGCAUGAACCCGAUGCAGCCGCAUCCACUUCGAGAGUGGAGUACUGGUCUGUGCGGCUGCUUCGAAAACGUCGGUGACUGUCUCUUCGCGUUGUGUUGUCCUACGUAUUACACCUGUAUGUUGUCCGGUAAACAAGGGGACUCUUGCUGGGGACCUUGUUGUGUUCCUGCCUGGACCACAGUCUUCAGGUCGCAUAUUAGAGGUGUUCACUCUAUACGGGGAAGUAUUUGCAAAGAUUGCAUGGUGACCAACUGCUGUGGUCCGUGCGCCAUGUGUCAAAUGGGCAGGGAGCUGGACAACAUUUUGAAAGGAGAUCCACGCACCUUCCCAGCUUCAUAA